AUGCUGCCCAAUCUCCUGCUGGUCCUGGCCUCUACGGCUGCCCUGGCGAGCAGCCAGUCCACCUCAACCAUUGACCCGAACUCGGUACCCAUCAGCACGCGUCAAUACUGGUGCAACUCCCAGAAAUCCGCUUGCCCUCUGCUCUGCCUCCAAAUCGCCUCCGGCGUGCCAGAGAGCAACAACUGCACUGCUGAAACCCUCAGCUACAGCUGCGUCUGCAGCAACGGCAUCUCCCCCAACGCCUCAGAAUACUCCCAAACCCUGCCAUACUUCAUCUGCACCGAGGCGAACAACCAAUGCGUCGCCGCCUGCAGCGACUCCGCCUGUCAAUCCAACUGCCGCACCGCCAACCCCUGCGGCGCGCAGGACCCGCCCCGUGUAAACGUGACUACCACCACUGCUUCUUCGUCCGUGGCGGCGACUAGCACCACUGGCAGUGCCGUGAUUCAGACUGGUGGGGCUACUGGUGCGGCGCCUCGGGGAUAUGCUGUUGAGAUGGGCCAGGUUUAUGGGUUGUGUGUGUUGGUUGGUGGUGUUGUUGCUGGGUUCGCGGUGUUGUUGUAA